GAACAAAAUGGAUCAUGUGCACCGCUAGGAGCCAAUGAAGGAAGAAGUAGAGCAGGGGUAUCAAAAUCGCCAUCAGAAGCAGAGGAGAAAUCAGAUAAAUCCAAAGAAAAGGAAGAGAAAAAGAAGGAAGAGGGAGAGGAUAAAGACAAGGAUAAGGAUAAGGAAAAGGAGGCAAAAGAUGAGGAGGCACAAGCGAAAGGGGACGAGCAAGAGGAAUCACACGUGCUGGGAAAAUCUGCAGAAACUCUCGGGAAAGGAAAGUCUGUAAUCUUCAAAGUUCCCGAAGAGCACAAGCCAGUCUGGAGUGAUAUCAAGAUACAGAAUCCAUCCAACGAAAAGAAAACGUUCAAGGUAAAAUGUACCUCAAAUCUGCACUUUCGCGUUCAACCACCUCUUGGUUUUAUUAAACCGAACGAUACAGCAAGGAUACGAGUAUGGUUUCAGGUACUGAACGCCGCACAUAUUUUCAAAUUGUCCUUCGAAUUUACGAAAAAAAUGGUUUAA